AUGGCGACUGCAAACCCGCUCCUAAACAGGACAACCGUGGCCGUGAUUGCCGUGUCGUUACUCGUGCUGCUGACCACCCCCGUCGUGCCGUGUCCGGGAGCGUGUUCAUGUUCUGACUACAACUCAUUAACAACACUGAAGAACGGCACAUUCUCCGGGUUGUCUAAUCUUCACUCCCUGUACAUUCGUCAUAAUCGCAUCAAGAGAAUCUCUGGCGGCGCUUUCGAUGGCCUACCUAGGCUUUCUAAGCUUUAUCUCGACUACAAUGUCAUUGACAACAUUACAAAUGACACAUUUGUCGAGAAUCUGCAACUGCAGUACGGUGCCAUCGACAGUAUCGAAGGUGGAGCUUUUGAUGGCCUGUCUAGGCUUAAUGAACUGCACCUUGAUAACAACGAGAUUACGACUAUCGUCAGUGACACAUUCAUUGGUGUGUCCAAUCUUGAGUAUCUCUCCCUUCAUAACAACAACAUCAAGACUAUCACCAAUUGUAGUUUUAUUGGUCUAUCCAGUCUUUGUCCUCUGGACCUUCACAACAACAACAACAACAACACAACUAUCUGCAGCGGUGCUUUCAGUGGGCUUGGCAAUCUUCGGACACUAGAUCUCGAAAAUAAUGUCAUAACCGACAUCAGUUAUGACACUUUUGUUGGACUCUCACGUCUUGAGUCUCUGUACCUUUCUAACAACGUCAUCACUGCCAUCGAAAUUGGUACUUUUAGCAGUCUGUCUAGUCUUCAGUAUUUGUGGCUUAAUGACAACGGCAUUAUAACUAUCGACAGCGGUGCUUUCAGUGGACUAGGUAAUCUUCAGACACUAGAGCUAGACGAUAAUGUCAUAAUCAUCAGAAAUGACACCUUCGUUGGACUCUCACGUCUGUACUGGAAGCUGUACCUUCGUAACAACGGAAUCACGGCCAUCGAGAGCGGUGCUUUCAGCAGUCUGUCUAAUCUUGAGUAUCUGUACCUUCAGAACAACAGUAUCGCCACUAUCGACAGUGGUACUUUUAGUGGUCUGUCCAAUCUUUACUAUUUGUACCUUCAGAACAACCACAUUACAACCGUCAUCAGUGGAGCUUUCAGUGGGCUUGACAAUCUUCGGACACUAAAUCUCGACGAUAAUAGCAUAACCAACAUCAGUAAUAACAUUUUCGCUGGUCUUUCCCGUCUUAGGAAUCUGCACCUUCGCAACAACGGCAUCAUUCAAAUCGAAAGCGGUACUUUCAGCAUUCUGUCCAAUCUUAACUAUCUAAAUCUUCAGAACAACGACAUUACAAUUAUCGACAAUGAAGUUUUUAGAGGCCUAGGAAAUCUUCGGACACUAAAUCUCGACGAUAAUAUCAUAACCAGUAUCAGUAAUGACACUUUCAUUGGACUCUCACAUCUUUAUUAUCUGCACCUUAGUAACAACAGCAUCGCAAAUAUCGACAGUGGUAGUUUCAGCAGUCUGUCAAGUCUUGAGAAUCUGUACCUUCAGAACAACGGUAUUGCAACUGUCGACAGUGGUACGUUGAAUGGGACGAGAAAACUUUGGACAUUAAAUCUCGAUGAUAAUGUCAUAACCAACAUCAGUAAUAACACAUUUGUGGGACUCUCGCGUCUUAGAAAUUUGCACCUUAGUAACAACAGCAUCGUAAAUAUCGACAGUGGUGCUUUCAGCAGUCUGUCCAGUCUUGAGUAUCUGUACCUUCAGAAUAACUACAUUACAAAUGUUGAAAGCGGCGUUUUCAAUCUGUCCAGCCUCUAUAGACUUUCUCUCAAUUCGAACACCAUAACCAACAUCAACAAUCUUUGCAACCAAGACGUGAACGCACAGGCAGAUUAUCAGCAAAUAGAUGAAGAUGAGACUGAUGACCACUACUACGACGACGAAUACAAAUACUACGACUACGACCACAACUACAACUAUGACUACUACUACUACUACUUCUACUACAACUACGAUAACGACAACUGUGACUACAUCAGAGCAUACAAGAAUGCAUUCGAGUACCCUCUCAGCACUGUGGCUAAAGGGGCAUACAAUGACCUUGAUCAGCUGUACGCUUUAACGCUACGUGGUAACGGCAUCAUAUACGUUUCGCCAGGAGCUUUCAUCAACCUGCAGAAUCUGAGAAAUCUGGAUCUGAGUUACAAUGAGAUCGCCUACCUGCUUCCAGACACAUUUGUGAACGUUCCACGUCUUCUGUUCUUGUAUCUCCACGGCAAUAAGCUAACUGCCCUUCCACCGGAGCUGUUUGGGGCACUGCCGAGACUGAGGAAGGUCACUCUGCACAACAACCCGUGGACAUGUGACUGUUGGCUGCAGGGUCUCGUCCAAUGGAUGAAGACCACGGGCGUGACAUACGAGAGUCAGUUCCCGGUCAAGUGCACAUCGAGUCCAGUACCAUCCCUGCUCAAUGUGUCACUGGCACGAGUGGAUCCCCAGUCGCUGAUCUGUGAGCAAACCACAACACCGCAAAUAACGGCUUCCAGCGAAACCAGCACAACGCCUGAAGAAAACACCAUUCCCUCACCUACAAAAAAGACUGCUGUAACAGUUACACCCCGCCUUGUUCCACCAAGAGCUGUUGCCUUGGUCACAACAACAACAACCGAAUCGAUAGUUCAAUGGGAAUCUCCUUCUGAUGGUGUCAUGGGCUUCAUAAUCUCGUACGUCAAAACAAACGGUGGCAGAAUGCAAAUGACACAACCAAUCGAACCAAGCGUCAAAGUCUACAGACUACAGAAUUUGUCUCCUGGUACAACGUACCACGUGUGUGUGAUCGCACAGUAUCCGGUGGGCAGAAGCGCAGUAACAAACGACACGUGCGUCACGGCCACGACAAAAGACGGCGACCAGACACUCGUCAUCGCCCUGGCAGCAGUGGGCGUCAUUGCAGCGGUGUUCAUGGUGGGAACGAUAGUGAUGUGCAAGUUGAGACGGAUGCAGCGGUCUACACCCAGUUCUACCCCCCAAACAGCACAGAACAUCCAAAUGCAGUCAGCGGUUCCUCCGCCCACUACUCAUGUGGUUCCUCCUGACAACGGGGUGGACACGUCAGCAGGCGGACCAACACCAACUCCUGAUGACAACUUCUACAUGCAUCUGGUGAAUCCUGUCGCUCAAGGAGGUGAUGUUACAAACUCAGCAGCGGCGUCAACACCUGGUGAGAGUGGGGCGGCUCCUCUUGACAAUGGACUGGACAUGACAUCCGGCGGAGCAACACCAGCCACUCCUGAAGACCACUUUUACAUGCAUCUGGUGAAUCCUGCCGUUCAGGAAUGCGGUGUCACAACCCCAGCAGCAACGUCAACACCUGGCGAGAGUGGGACGGCUCCUCCUGACAAUGGACUGGACAUGGCAGCCGGCGGACCAACACCAACCGCGCCUGAUGACCACUUCUACAUGUAUCUGCGAAAUCCUGCCCCACAGGGAGGUGUCGUUACAAACCAAGCAGCGACUUUAACACCUGGCGAGAGUGGGGCGGCUCCUCCUGACAACGGACUGGACAUGGCAGCAGGUGGACCAACACUAACCACUCCUGAUGACCACUUCUACAUGGAUCUUAGGAAUCCUGAUCCAGAGGGCGCCACAACCCCAGCAGCAGCCCAAGACAGGCAGUCUGAAGCCGUGUAUGAAGAUGUUGAUGAGACAUGGCAGCGACGUGGUGGAAGUGUAGAGGACCAUAUCUAUCAGAACGAUAGGAUGUAGCGUUAAAACGUCUACUAUGAUAUCAUGUUAUAGUAAAUACUAGAGUUCAAAAAUAUAACAUCUGUUUCAAACAGGAACUUGGCAGAAAAUGCAGAUGUAUAAAGUGCAGAUGUAUAUUUACCUUGCAAUUAUACUUAGAACUAAUCGAUAUGCGGACGAAAACUAUGUAACUUGUGAGGUACUUUUAAAUUUGUCCUGUUCGUGAUAUGUUUAGCCUAUACGCGAUUCUUAAGAUAAGGCUGAACGUAAUAUAUGUUUUCACAUGUUUUUACAAACCAGGACUACACGUAUUUCCCUUUGAGAGUCUAAUCUGUAGUACUGCUCCCUCCAAGUGCCUAAAACGACUGUCAAAUUUGUCGUCUUCGAAUUCUUUAUACCUCCGGUGUACUUCAGAAAAAAAACAACAACAUACUUUUGCCAAUGAAUUUGAAAUACAGGGCCGACCAAUGAAUUGUCUUUUUUAGGACUUAGGACAUUGUAAAAGGCUAGCAAAGGGAUUUUUUAGACUUGCUUGACUUUUUUUCCCAAUAGUGUGACCAUUCAAAAUCAAUGACAAUAUCGACAUUUCACAAAUGUCAGGGCUUAGAUCUAUUAGAGUCUGUGAUAAUGACACCCAUCCUUUACAAUUUACCAAUAGAAGUGGUCCAUGGUCGAGUGUACAUGUCUGGUAACAUAACAAGCAUAGACUGAAAUUUUGUAUCAUGUAGAUAAUAUCAUAAUCUAUCCAUGUGAAUUUGGUGUUCUACUUAUAGAUAUUAGCUUUUAUCAAAGAGCGUUAGUUUGUUUUUCAUGUUUUGCAUAUCGGUAAUAAUCUAUACAUGUAAUAGUGUAAUUGGUUGGCUAUUGCUUUUGGGAUAUAGAAAUUAAGCAUAUUUCUGUUCUUCAGGCUGUGUAGUAGUACUUAUAGGCAGGGACAAAAAAAGACAGUGAUUGUUGAAGGGCUUCUCUUACUUACAGUCUUACACAUUAGAUCUAUCAACAUGCACAAGACAGACUGCAAGCAAGACAUGCCCUCAAACUGUCACCGCAGCUAGGUCAAAAAGAACCUUAGAAACGUAUAAAUGUAAUAGAAUAUGAAUAUUAUGUAUAAAAACAAGGCAAGUCAACAUGACGGCUGAAUGUUUAUUGUUCAUAUGAUAAUCUUUAAAAUUUGUUACAUUGUUUGGAAAGUUCCCAAUAAAAUGGCAAGAGCUGUACCAGUGUCAUGUUUGACUUUGAAACAGUGGAAAGACUUUAAUAAUAGAAAAUUAAGUACUUCAUGACUCUUUAUCUUGAGUUGAAUCCUAUAGAGUAAAAUAUCAUAUGGCUAUAAAACUAUGGCAUACUUACAAGAUAUCCUCUUCUUUCAAUUAAAUACAAAUCACUAAAGACAUUUUACCUCAGAGUCAGAUAGCUAGGCCACCAUGACAAGGUAGCCAAAUACACGUCUCCUAUACAUACUCAUGCAGUUCUUUUAAAAUAUGAAUUACAUACUUCUUUUGUGUUAUCAUGGUACACAAGCCUAUAUAUUCAUUCAUAAACUUUAGGGCAUUUAUCAUAACAAGUUUAAACAUUUUAUUUCUGUACUGUAUUUCUACUUUCCUUGUACAAAAAGAAACUUUCCUAUUACUCUUUUCAUCAAUUUGUUUUUAAAAUAUUGGUUUGCGAGUAAAAAAAAUUACAGGAAGGGGAAAAUUCACUGUUCACUUAAUAUGCUAUCACUGUACACAGCUAAGGUUCAUAUCUUUAUAACAUAUAUAACAUUCGGAUUCCUAUUAUCAUAAUUGGCACAAGAUACAGAGGAGUAUUCAUAUGAUCAAUAUAAGUGAUUACUAUUACUAUCCUUCAUAUAGCUGCUUUUAACUCAUUUAACAAACAUAUAAUGUAAAGGAAUGUCUUUUACUUUCAAAUGAGUUUGGAAGCAGCUUUGAUUUCAGCAAAGUAAAAGCGGUUGUCAUCAUAAGAUGUUCCCUUCAUGUAUGGCUUACUCACUACCAUAAUCAUUAACAAGUUUUUCUUUACGUGCAUAACAGAGUCAAACACACGGGCACUGGUUUAAGUGUUGGCUCUCCCACCUUGUGAAAAAUCACACAUUUAUAAUAAUUCUGAUAUUCUCUCAAAGCUCCAUUCACAUCAUAAACAUCAAAAUACUGUUGGGGAAAAAAAACAUCACAUUCAAAUACCAUUCUCGAAAGAUGGGCUUUUCUGUGUUUAAAACUCACUCAGCUCCCAGUCCCAUGUCUGACUUAUAAAACACACCCCAUAGAAGCCAUGUACCACUAUGUUAUGAUAUUACC